AUGGGUUUGGUAUUAGCUUAUUGCCCAUCACAUUGGCACGAUGGUGUCCCUUCGUGCGCGCCUCAGACCAGGGCCGAGGCGCUCGCUCGCAUCGACGAGCUUUACAACUCUGGAAAGCCUUUCUUCACCAAAGAGUCUAUUCGUGCCGCCUAUGAACAGUUUCAGGGCUCUACUGGCCCCGGGGAUAAGAUCUUGGUCAAGGACGUGGCGGGUGCAACGAUAGAGUACACCCUCAGAACAGGAGAAACCUUCUCCUGGAAGCUGAGCCACGAUGGCACAGAGAAGGAAGAGGAAGUGGAAGAAUGGCUCAUUCAACAACCGAUGCUGUUGUACCGCGGCCGUGGACAUCUUAAAGACAUGCUCGGGAGGCUGUACGAAGGUGCUAACUACGACCCCGAAAGGACAAGUCCUCUCCGCAGCCUGCAGGUUUAUCAUAAAUCGGAGAAGCUCAUAUCUGGUACAAAAGAGCUAGCCCAAGAUGCAAGUCUCCCGAGCCGGGACAAUCUCAACUCGUACUUCAAAGAAAAAAUUCGGGCUUGGCAGGAAAGCGAAAUGUGCAAGAGAGUUGUGCAUAUCCUGGACUCAUCGGUUGCAGGACAUGACAUCGAAAAGAUUGUGGCGGUAGCACUAGGAGGCAUUUCAAAUAGCAAUAGUCAUGGCCCUGCGUUCCAGCAUGCAUUGGUCCUGACCCUACGCGAAUGGCUACAUGCUCGACAGAAGUUAAUCUGCUGCUACGCCCAAGAUCCAGAGUACAAAUCCGUGGAUAAGGUUGUCCUUGAGGAGCACGGUAUUGAGGUUAUCGACGAUCCUCGUGCAUGGCUUGAGGUAGACGAGCGAUCUAUCCUUUUUUCGUGUGCGCCUAAUGUACCCGUCAAGGAGAUCGUGGCGGACACCGCGCGCCCAGCGGCUGUAAUUUGGGAGCGUGUUAACGACCAAUGUUGUGAUGUUGAAAGAGAAGGAAAGGUGUAA